ACUAGAAAAAGGAACGUUUAAAAUUGAAUGAGGAGAGAGAGAGAUUGAGAGUGAGAGGGAGAGAGAGAAUGCGGUGUUAUGGCUUAAUGAUCCCUGGAAGCGACCGUGGGUUGUGCGUCCCAAGCGGAAGGGCGGUGUUUGUGAGGCCCAGCAGGCCCAUGAGCGCAAUCGUGGUGGGGUUGGGCUUUCCGAAGGCGAAGGCGAGCCUAAGAGAUGGGUUGGUGGUGGAGGAAGAGACGAGCUUCUACGAGCUUUUAGGGAUACCGGAAUCUGGUUCGUUGACGGAGAUCAAGCAAGCCUACAAGCAACUCGCCCGGAAGUACCACCCGGAUGUGUCUCCUCCGGGUCGGGUCGAGGAGUACACUAAGAGAUUUAUUCAGGUGCAGGAGGCCUACGAAACCUUGUCUGAUCCCACUCUCAGAGCCAUCUAUGAUAGAGACAUGGCCAGGGGCAUUCGCCUUGCCUUCAACGCUCGUAGACACCACCAUCUGGUCGUUGAACAAAAAAGCGAAUGGAAAACUCGCUGGCAAUCUCAACUGUCAGAACUGAAGAGAAGAAGUAAAAGCAAGGAUGCUGCUGGAGCGAAUAUGUCAUGGGCCGCUCGAAUGCGCCAGCAUAGAGAUGACUUGUCAGAUUAAUUAUGACUAUGAUUUUCCUCAGACGUCGCUGUGUAUAACUGUAUAUAUAGAUUUGUACAUCUUCCUAUUCUAGAUCAGUCCUAUGUGCUAACGAUAUAGUUUGUCAAAAAAAUAAAUUUGCCUCUUUGCCAUUUAAAUAUAAUUAUGGGUUUUCUGUAUGGUUGCUAUUUUUGCUGUGAGAAGACUUUUUUUAGUGCCUAUUUAUGUAUA